GCCGGCAGGAGGACGGAGACGCCCUGCAGCAGCUCAAGAGCUUGGAGCGGGGCCUGGAGCAGGAGGUGGCGGCCCGCACCAGCCGCGAGGCGGCGCUUAAGGAUGAGGUGGAGCGCCGGCUCGCCGACAUCAAGACCUACACUGAUGACGGCUUCGGUGAUGUCAGGAAGAUGACCGAGGCGGAGCACAGUCAGACCCGCACGAGGUUCAAGGAGCUGACCGACGCGCUGAACCUGUUGGAGUCCUCCCGUGAGCAGGACCAGGCUCAGAUGGAUCAGCUGCUGGAGAAACAGAAGGACGCUCGGCGCAAACUGGACAGGGAGAUGGACGACCGCGUGGACGACAUCGGCGACAGGCUGCGGAUCGCCAUGGCGUCGCUGCAGGCGGCGCACGAGUGA